GGGGCAGGCAGAAAGAAGUGCGAUAACAAGGCAGUGUGAAACUAUGGCCAGCGUAGCAGAAAUUGAUCGGAGCAGAAAGGACCUGGAUAAAUCUCGAAUCGAAGGUGAAGAGAAGGCAGUUAGAGAUGUGAUUGACGUUAUUAAAUCAAUGGUUAAUCCUUUUGAUAAUGAUCAUGAAAGCUUGGUGCACAUAGCAAGUGGAGUUGUUGCGUCUUCUGAUAUCGAGGAUGACAUGAAGCACAUGGUAGACAAAGGAAAGACAGCAUUUACUAGUUUUUUUGAGAAUAAUAUUAUUGGAGAAAAGCCGAACAUAUAUUCAACCAUCAAGAAGACUAAUUUGAAGACAUUUUCAUGUUUGGGAAAGAAAGUGACGAGCAAGAACAGCAAAGGACAACUCCAAGGUGUUGUUUGCGAAGCUGCUCUUGAUAGCAAAAAGUCGAAAUCUUCAGUUGGACGAUGUCUUCACGUAUUCUUUAAGACCAUAUCCUUGCUCCAUUGCAACCAGCGAAGGGGAUCUUGUGAAAACAUCAAAGUCAAAACUGGUUCAUGCAAUUGAAGAAGAAGCUCAAAACUCUUCCGUUUCUGAUCUUCCUAUUGACGACAACGCGUGUAUUCUUGACGCAAUGGCCAUCUUGCAAACUUUGAUGACGAUACCAGAUACGUUUGGUGAACUGACGGUUCAGUUGUUAACAAAGGUUGUAAAGAUUGCCGUUAACUGCCACUGCAAGCGUGCUGACUUCGUUUGUGACCGGUAUCCGCGCCAAAGCAUCAAGAACCUCGAAAGAAAUCGACGGGCAAUCGAUGGUGUUCAAAAAAUUUCUAUUUACAGCGAACAUCAAAAAGUUCCGCGCCAAUGGAAAAAGUUCUUGUCGAGCGGCGAAAAUAAAGAGCAGUUGAUGAAAUUCAUUUAUCAAUCAUGGACAAAGGCCGAUCCUCAUCUCUUCAAAGAUAUCGAAGUAUUUCUGUCGCACGAAGAAAUGUGCCAUAAGUUUUUUCAAUCGAACAACGCAUUGGUUUCUUGUGAAGUCGAUGAGCUAUGCUGCGAUCACGAAGAAGCAGAUACUCGGAUGUUGGUCCACGCAAGUCAUGCAAAAACAUCAUAAUCAAGAGUCCUGAUACAGACGUAUUGGUGAUUGCACUAAAUGCAUGCUUGGAAAUUGAUGCCAACAUAUACUUCGAAACUGGCGUUGGAAGUGCACGACGGAUAAUUUCCCUGAGUAACGUCAGAGAGUCCCUUGGGCAUGAGUGGUGCUCUUCUCUUAUUGGUCUUCACGCGUUCACUGGUUGUGACACAACGAGCGCCUUUUACGGCAAAGGAAAAGUGUCUGUGUUGAAAGUUGCGAAAGCGAGAGAAGAAUACUCCCACACCUUCUCAAACUUAGGCACCGAGUUAAAUCCAUCUGAAGACCUCUUCACUCAGCUUUACCAUUUCGUAUGUCAUUUAUAUGGAUAUCAAGGAUACUCAGAUAUUAAUCGUGUACGUUAUGAAAUGUUUAAAAGUGGAAAGUUUGAUGAAGAAUUGUUACCACCCAAUAAGGAUUCACUCGACCAGCACAUAAACAGAGCAAACUACCAGUGUUUUAUCUGGCGCAAAUCGACGCAAGCAAUUUUGAAUUUGCCAUCUUUCUUCAACCACGGGUGGAAACUUGACGCAGAAGGCAACGUUUACGUUAACUGGAUGAUAUUACCUGCCGCCCCUGAUUCAAUACUAGAGUUCGUAAGCUGCAAAUGCAAGAAAGGAUGCGAGAAUAGAAGAUGUUCGUGUGUCAAGGCCUCCUUAAGAUGCAGCGAUUUAUGUUCGUGCACGGAGUGUCGAAACAAAAGCACUAAUGGUGAUGAUGUGGAAAGCGAUUCGGAUGACUGUUACGAUGACGGCAGCUCAAGCGAGAACGACGAAAACUAGAAGUAACCUUUUUCUUUUAUAUCACUAAGAUUUAAAGAUUGUCCGCCGGAAUAGGUUUUGGAACAAAUUGGAAAAAAAUGAAAUGAGAAUUUUUUCAACAGCAAAUCAAUCUCGCAUGGAUUGAAACACCUCUCACAUUUACAUACUUCAAAUUUCCAUACUGGAGGCUACGAAUGUUAAAAUAGGGAAACUGGGGUCGAGUGAGUCAGCAUUCUGAAGCAUGGAAAAUAAUUUUAAUGUGACUUAAGAUUAUUCAAAAUGGCGAAAAUGUUGACAGAAGAGUUUGAAAUGAGAGAAUCUUCAAACGCAUUUUUUAAAAAAACUGCAGGCGGUAGAAGUGGGAACUUUUCAGAAAUGAACUCAGCACAUAAAGUAAAGAUGGUGGAUUAACAAGUG